GCCCUUCCAGCCAGGACAAUUACAACACUUUCCUGGGAGGAACUGAAAUCAUUAACACUCAUCCAACCGCAAUUAAUAUUUGUCCCACAGAUUCAAUUUUUUGAUCUAGGAAGAAGAUCAGGUUGUCCCACGCAUUGAACCUCGCACCUUCUUGAAUUCCCAUCUGCGCUGCGGCGCCCUGAAUGGUCUUGAAUCGCCGCCAUGGUAUCGCGAAAGCGCACCCGCUCCGAGGUGGACGCUGCUCCGGAGCAGCCUUCUGAAGAAAAUGGCUUGCUGAACCGUCUUCGGAAUUGCUGGGAGUUUGCGAACCUCAUGCAGUAUAUCGCGAUUUUUGGUAAAGUCAUGAAGAUUGACGAAGACUUUGGAAUUGAUGAUUUGGAAACGGAAUGCCUCAAACCUGAACCAUCGGAAAAGCUCAUGGAGAUUGGACUCUGCCUUCUCAAAUGGGUCUCGUCGCAUCGAGGUCUUACGUUCGAGAACUUUGACGAAUAUACGCGACGUCAAUACAAUGCCAAAGCUCCCCAUCUGCCUAACCCCUUCGGUUACGACGAGGUCCCGAACAAAUUCUUGGACUUUGAUGUAUUCCAAAAGCUUCGUGUUCUCCAUCAACUGUCUGUUUGGACUUUUUGGAACCCCGAUCGCAUCCGCGAGAAGAUGCCAGAGCAGAAAGAAAUUGACCAAACACAAUGGCGCAUUGAAGAAUUAGGCUAUGAUCGCGAAGGCCGCUACUAUUACCCUGCCAAGUCGAAGCCGAAGAGCCGAAGCGCAAGAGCAUCACGAGCCUCCAAACGACGGAAAGUCUCAGGCGCGGCGCCCGUUGAAGAGUUCGGUGAAGACACUGACAAUGUGGAUGACGGCGUUGCUAAAGAUCCCUUUGAAAACAUGAAGUGGGAAUGCAUCGCCAUCACAUUAGAGGAUUAUAACCGCUUCUUGGACACGGUUCGCAAGACCAAAGACCCAGACGAGAAGAUAUUGCGGGAUAGGAUCGUGGAGCACGUGUUACCGGUCAUCGAGAGGGAGGAAGAAGCUCUACAACGGAAGCGAGCCAGGCGUGAGAAGGAGCUCUUGAACAUGCAGCUGCUUGCAGGCGCCAAACGGUCCGGCCGACUCGCCCAGAAGGCUGAGAGGGAGCGACAAGAGCGAGAGGCAGCCGAAGCAGCUCGGAAGUACGAGGCGGAUUUGGCCGCGGCGCGCAAGGAAGAGGAAAGGUUGAGGAAGAUGGAGGAAGAACGACGCACUCGGAUGAUGACGCGUGAGCAGCGCAUCAAAGACCGGGAACGAAAGCGUCGUCUGCAUGAAGCCGAACUUCAGAAAAUUGCAGAAGAACAGGAGAGACUUGAAAGGGGUGAGAGCAGGCUGUCAGAAAGGCAGCUCAAGGCUGAAAUGGAGAAGCAGAGGAAGAGCUUGGAGGAGCUUCAGUCAGAUGAUCACUGGAUUUUUGACUGUUCAGGUUGUGGAGUCCACGGGGAAAAUUGGGAUGAUGGCUCACAUAGCGUAGCGUGUGAAAAGUGCAAUGUGUGGCAGCAUAGCAAGUGUCUAGGUAUUGCACAGCAUGAUGCCGAGCGCGAAGAUUUCCACUUCAUCUGUCAGGAUUGCAAGCGACGGGAGGAAGAGGCGAAGUUGCCAAAACUUCCUCCUUUGAAGUUCAAAAUCGGUUCUUCACCACCGUCCGCUGCUCUGGCUACCCACCAUCAUCAAGACUCGGGAGUAACCAAUGCCGCCGCAACAGCGCAAAUGAGUUCUCCUUCAAAGCCCCCGAAGGUAGAACCACACGCGCCAUCUUCAAGUACAGCUCAGGCAGUGACUCGAGUGCCAUCAUCGCCUGAACGUCCUCCCCAGCACGUCACCCACGGACAGUCAGCUCCUAUUAGCGACUCUCGGCCUUUGUCGUCGCCGAUGAAAGGCAUGAAUGGUUUGGCGCCUUCGUCUCAGGGACUGUCUCAGGGACUGCCUUCUAAGCUGCCAUCCAUCUCACAAGCUACCAAUCUUCCUCCUAUCGGUCUAGGCACCUUUGGUGGAAGUUCUUUGCAUACUGGACGGCCGUCGUCUGCCCACUCAGCUCAGAGCCCGAGUCUUCCCUCGCCUAUUCAGAAUCGUCCCUCAAUGUCUCCCACCCAAGGCAAUCAUGAUGUUGGUCCGCUUGCGGGAUUUCCACCUACAGGUCCCUCGGACGGCUCAACUCCAUGGACGCCGUUUGGACCACAUCGGGCGGCUCCGCGGCCCGACACUGUCAAUAAUGCCUCCUUUUCUUCGUUCCACAGCGGUCGGCCAUCUUUCUCAGCGGCGACUCCUAGUGGCAGCAGGUCCUCGCCCCCGCAGAGCUCGCAUGGCGUACCAUUUUCUGGCAUCAGCCCAACCAAGCAGUCUCCGCGUCCCAUGACCUCGGGCAGCCUUGUUGGGGCCCCAAUCCUGCCUCCAAUUCAGAAACUGGAGCCGAGCCCGAAGUUGAUGGGCAGAAGUUCGCCUGACGCGCCCAUUCCACCUCCCGUGAAAUCUAUGACUCCUGAACAGGAAGAGCGUCGGCAAAGGGAAAAUGCUCUAAUGUUCCAGUCUCAGCCUCACUCCCUGUCUAAUCGCCAGUAUUCCACCAUGUCAUCCCCUUCGCUCAAUCGGAUACCUCCUUUGGGCCCAUCAGCUCUUAGUCGGAACAACGAACCACAGUCAUAGGCGGCUCGGCAGGACCAUAAGUUAGAUGGUGAAUUGGAAUUAGGCGCUUAUUUUUCGUCGGGUACAGG